UAUUGACUCGCACGUGUUUUGCAUUUGUUUCAGGAUUUACAGUAUUGUGUGCAUAGGUGGAGCCUUAAGUCACUAUUAGAGCACAUGCUUUAUAUGGAACAAAAGUGUGGCCCACAAUAUUUUAAGUGGGCAACCAAGCUGUCGUAACUCCGAACUACUACAAGCAGUAACACCCAAGUGCAACAGCAGUUAGAUAGUCAUUUCGCUUCCCAAGAGUCUGGUUGAUCGAUCUCUAUUCCGGAGUAAAUCUGUGUCUGCAGGAUUCACUAGACCUAGCGCUUUAAGGACGAAUAGGCGAGGAUCCUUGGAAGGUACUAUGGCUACAGGGUUAUUGCUGUCUGUGGUCCUGUCUGAUGUUCUUGACAACAGUCUCAAUAUAGCCGUGACAAACAGUAUUUUCAAUUGUGCGAUACGGUGUUACUCAAGUGGUUGUUCCUCUUUCUUCUAUAACAAAGCGACUCACCAGUGUGCCAUAUCACCGCACACAUAUCGCCAUGGAAACAUUGUGUUGGCAUCCAACACGGGAAUGAAGCUGUACUCUUGGAAUCUAGAUGGAUGUUCGUUAUCAGACGGCUGGAUUUACCACCCUCCCUCUAAUCUCUGCUACAAGCGCAGUGAUUACAAAGUAAACAGUACCAUGGCACAGACCUUGUGUAGAGAUGCUGGAGCAAGACUUGUUGUCGUCGACACUGCCGAGAAGAACGACCAUCUUCUAACAUUACAUCUGACUCCAGAUCAGAAGUCGUGGAUUGGGCUUCGUAAAGUUUCUGGAACUUGGAAAUGGAGCAACGGAGAAACACUUGGACCUUUCACGGCCUGGAAGUCCACUCAUCCAGAAAAUGGCAAGGAGUGUGGCGUUUUGACAGGAUAUCUUCAAGGAUGGUCAUCAUUUAACUGUCUCACUGAUCAUGAUGUUAACUAUAUAUGUGAUAAGGAGAUGAAAGAUGACGUGAUGAAUUUAUGUGUCUAAGAUGGAAAACAAGGAACUAAUGCAAUAUUAUUCUUUAACGAACCACGUAAGAUUUGUUCAUGCUUGCAAACCUUCCUCUUACACCACUGAGGUAAUUAGUUGUGACACUUCUUUUACAUGAUACCCAUGAAGAUUUUCGGCAAUAAAUCUUUGAUUUGGUCUACUGCAACCCAUGCUGUCGUAAGAGGUGACCAAUGGGAUCAUGUGGUCAGACUUGCAGAAUUGGGUACUGAAUGUUACCGUGUCCCAGAUGCGUAGAUCAUUGCUCAUGAUCUCAAUCAUUGGACUGUCUGGCCUAGACUCGAUUAUUUACAGACUGUUGCCACAGAGCUGGCAAACUCUUACACGAUGUGGCUGGAAAAUUAUAAUAUGAGUAUAAUAUAUAAUUAGAUCCGGUGCUCAUCCAUCCUCCAGAUCAUUCCAAAAGGGGACUGAUACUUAGCUUACCUCUUUCAUCUUGUCUGGAGCCUGUCUUAUCAUUUUCAUUCGCUGAAAACCACCCACGCUAUAUCUAGACAUUCAAUGAACUCACCCCUACCUGUUAAUCAUGUAACCCCACCUCUCUAUCUCGGAUAAUCACGGAACCACACCCUCUCCACUUUUAUCUCUGUGAUCUCUCUCCAUUCCCUCUUUGAUCCGAGAUUCAGUCAUUCCUAUCCAAU